AAAUAAUUGCACUGCCACCGUAUCCUCUCAGUAAAUUACAUACAAGUUCAAAGUUCGCCCUCUUGUUUUCCAGUCUCUCUUCUGAGAAACAUACUAGCCCUCUCAUUGAAUUCCGACCAUAAAUGACGCGUGCAGACUGUGUGCUCCCAAAUGCCACUUGGGAAAAUCAGAAUCACACACUGGUGUUCGAACUGAAAUCGUUUAGGAUCUCUGUACUUUUUUAAUAGAAGCUUCCGCUCAAACCCAGCGGCUUUUACGUCUUGAUUCCACCAGUUUGUGCUUUCCUUUUGACCACGAUGUUGAUUUUUUGGCUGACUAUCUUUACUAGCCUCUUGCAGAGCUCUUUAGCUGUCUAUCAACAGUCGCUCUCAGCCGCAUCGACCUUUGUUCCGACAGAAUUACAAAGUAGCGAUGAUGAUUGGGACUUGAACAAGCCGCUUACAUCUAACUCAACCGCAAAUCUCGUUUUCGCAACGAUCAGUUCCUUGUUGCAAUCAGCUCCCAACUUGCGGUAUCGAAAUGGACACACACUCGUUCCAGGUAUAAUUCGUUCAGGAACUUUGCUCUAUCAUGGUCGGGGUGACUCAAACAUUCCAACUAUGGAGUGGGUGGCAUUUGAUCCGGAGGCCUCUUAUAUUUUCUGCAAGCUGUACGGUCAAUCUCAGAGCUGUUGGUUACAUACCUUCAAAGUCGAGCGGUUUCUCCGGAUUCUGUACUUCGAUGGAUCUAGCGCGGCGAAAAUCGGCGACGGUGCAAUGGAUAGCCAGGACAUUCUCACUUGGGGCGAAAUUAAACCUGACCUUGUACGUGAAGAAGGAAUGAGGAUACAGAAAUUAUGCGAGUGGGGGGCGAAAGUAGGAUUGGAUGGGUUCGUUAGGUACAUAAAUUUCCGUUCAAUCUCCGACAUAUCCCCAGUUCCAACCCCACGAACACCAAUCGGACCAUUACCCAUUACUUCCGACUCUAUCGACUUUCUGAGGAUUUCUGGACGAUUUGACCAUUAUCCAGGUAUGACGCAGGUCCAACUAGACCUCGCACACUUGGUCUCUCUCUAUGACGAAAAGCUGGCUCCAUCGCUGUCCACCGUCCGGGAGGGGAAACCUAGGCUGCGGCAUCGCCUGCUCGGAAUGUCACAGGAGGACAUCUCACGAGUCAAAGUGCAUCUGGAAGGACAAAUUGCAGAGGUUGCAUGGUCUUCUCUCGAGUGCGCUGGAAACCAUCUCGAUUGGUCGACCCACUUACAUUCGAUUGUGGAUUUAUACGGAGACACGUUUGAGGAUCUAUGGGAUAUCAUCAACUCUACCACCAUUUCUCUUGCACCAGCAAAUGUACGGGCAGAGAAAAAUGUUUGGGCAGAGAAUGCUUUCCGCAUGAUUGAAUCCAUCGUUCGACCAUUCGUCUUGCAUUCGGUUUCACCUACUGGAACGUCGCCCGAUAUAGCUUGGGCUUCUUCUGUAUACAAGGAAUGUGCAUUAUCACACACUUCCGCCGUCUCCGCCAUUUCGCUCACAAACUCUGAAGAGCUGUUACGCAACGCGAUAGAGGGGACUACUCGCGAACUAUGUAGAGUCAUGACCAAAAUGUGGACAGAUGGAGUCCACGAAGGCAUGAGUCCGCUUUUUGGAUCGACACACAAACCAGAAGACGCUACCUUCCUUUUGUAUACAUGGAAAGUAGAUCUUGGGAACUUGAUGGUUUGGCUAGAUUGGGGUACCUGGAUGCGAUGCAAGCCUGCUUGUAAACAACUGGAAUUUUGUUAUCUUCCAGCAUGGCCAUUUGGUGUAGGAAAUUCAUCACACCCAGCUGCAGGAUGGCGCGAACAUGAUCCACAACCGAGAUGCCUUAGGAAAAUUCCUCCCUUUAUCUAUGCCGAUGAUUUUUUGAGAUUAUGA